UACAUGCAUUAAUACCAAAUCAUAGCCAAAAGGAGGAAGUGAAUUGUCUAUUUUGGAGCUCCGGUAAUUCAUGUCCCUUAUCGAGAGUGUCACAGACACUGGAAAAGUGGAUAUUUUCUUCUCUUGACCAACAGGACCUUCCUAGAGUUUCUUAGAGCUUCUUAGUAUUCCAAAUACUCUACACACAGGGUAGCUUUUACGCGCCAGUGACGUUACGGCGGGGUUCAUAGUGGUUCAUGCGUGGUUCGCAGUGAAUAGUUAAGUAUGAGGCUUAACCCCUCCUUUCAUUCUUCUCUUUUCAUUAUUUCACAUCAUCUCAACAGCUUCACAUCCAUCAUCAUAUCAUCAUAUCAUCUAUCUAUCCUUCACUUCUUCAUAUCCCACACACAUAAUCGCAAUCAUGGUUAAGGUCGGAGAUUCUAUCCCAACUAUCGAGCUCGCUGAGGGCAACCCAGGAGCCAAGGUCAACAUUGCUGCCGAGAUUGGCGAAGGUUCCGGUAUCAUCAUUGGUGUUCCAGCUGCUUUCAGUCCAACAUGCUCUGAUUCCCACGUUCCUGGUUUCAUCAUGCACCCAAAGCUGGAGUCUGCAGGAAAGGUCUUUGUAGUAUCUGUCAACGAUGCUUUCGUGUAAGAACCUUUCACUCUAACCCCACAUACUUAACUCACCUCGAAUUUAACUGACCAUCCUAUCAACAGUAUGAACGCAUGGGGAAAAUCCCUCGACGCAGACAAGAAGAGUGGUAUUCGUUUCCUCGCCGAUCAAGAUGGUAGCUUCACCCGUUCUUGGGACCUCGAAUUCCCAGCUGCACCAUUUUUGGGCACAAACCGAAGCAAGAGAUACGCAAUCGUCAUUGAAGGUGGUAAAGUUAAGAGUGUACACAUCGAGCCAGAUAACACUGGUCACACUGGUAUGUUUGAAAGGCACUUCCUGUUCACAGACAAUAUGCUAACAACAACUUGUAGUUUCCGGCGCCGACAAGAUUCUUGGAGAGUAAGGAUUGGAUAAUGAGGGGAAUAAUUAUGAAUAACCGCUUAUAUGACAUAUAGAGACACGGUCAAACAUCGUGAAGGAAAACUUUGAAUUUUGGAUUUGAUAGUCACAAUCGAACUUUUUUUUUACAAAAGCUCAAAGA